AUGUGGAUUUGUGGAUUUUUAUGUUUCGUUGUUGUUUUAAAUUUUAGAACAGUUUCUAGUAUAAAAGGUGAAGAAAAAAGUGUUUCAAGGAACUCAGAGAUAAGUAACAAUAUUUCUAACAAAAGAGCAGCCUUCACUUCAUGGGGUGGAAAAAGAACUUUGGAAAAUAUUUUACGACAAGGAAAACUUGCCAUAAGUGAUAAGGAGGACCAACAAAAUUCUCAAAAUAUCAAGGACAAUAAAAGAGCCGCUUUUAAUUCUUGGGGUGGUAAAAGAACCCCUGCUGAUAAAAAUCCCAUACCCACGAACAUUGUGACAGAUAAGAAGGCUGCAUUUACAUCCUGGGGUGGCAAGAGAGAGGCAGUGGUUGACAGUUUGGACGAUAAACGGGCUGCUUUCAAUUCGUGGGGAGGAAAACGUAUUUGGAACAAAAACCCCUUGUUUAGGUCGUGGAGUAGAAACGUUAAUAAACAACCAAGAUUCAAUUCAUUAAAACCGUUCAAGGGAUCUCAUGUGAUUUCUAAGAGAGCAGCCUUUGCAGCCUGGGGUGGUAAACGCGCCCCAUUUAGUGUUUGGAACGGUAAAAGAGCUGCGUUUACAUCGUGGGGUGGAAAGCGGAGCAACGAUGAGUACGACCUGGACAAGAAAGCUUUCCGUUAUUGGAAUGGUAAACCUUCGGAUUUAAAUGACGGUGGUGAUGGAAACGUAGACAUGGAUAAAAAGGCUGCUUUUACGUCUUGGGGUGGUAAACGUUCUGACUUCGGCGAUGAAAUGGAUAAAAAGUCUGCGUUUACUUCUUGGGGUGGUAAACGUUCCGACUACGGCGAUGAAGUGGAUAAAAAGGCUGCGUUUACAUCUUGGGGUGGAAAACGCUCAUUGUACGAUCUUGGGCUGUAUGAUUUGAACAAACGUCCUGCAUUCAGCUCUUGGAAUGGAAAACGUUCUUUGUUUCCCUUUCAUCUCAGUGACAAUAUACCAGAUCCCGAAUUUAAUGAAAACUUUAGACUUUUAACAAAAAGAAAACCAGAGUGGAAUUUUGCUAAAAAUUAUCUACGAGCCUUUGUUACGAGGCUCUUAAACGAGCGAGCUCCAAAACGAAGUUUUUCUGCCUGGAAAGGAAAACGAAAUGGAGAACUUGUUUAUAAUGUUGAAUAA